AUGGACGUCCUCGAGGACGCCGCGCGCGUCUUCGCCGCCGCGCGCGAUGCCCUCGCCCCGACCGCGGCGGCGGCGCGCGCGACGUGCGACGACGCGCGCCGCGCGUGCGACGACGCCUCCGCGCGGCUGCGCGAGACGACGACGCGCGCGUCGUCGUCGUCGUCGUCGUCGUCGUCGUCGGACGGCGCGCUCGACGCCACGGCCGACGCGACGCUGUCGCUCGCGCGCGCGCUCGCCGAGCGCGCGACAUCGCCCGCGCCCGACGUCCUCUUCGCGGUCGUCGCCGGGACGCACCUCGAGCUGUCGCGCGCCGCGGACGCGCUGCAUCGAUGCGACGCGACGCGCGAAGAUCCCUCGACCGUCUCCCACCGCGUCGCGACCGCGUGCGCGUCGCGCGUCGUCCGCCGCGCGCCCGCGCUCGUCGCGAUCGCGGCGUCGCGCGUCCGCGAGAUCCCGGGCGACGAAACGCGUCGCGCGUCGUGCGCGCGCGCGAUGACGGAACGCUGCGCGGUCUUCGCGCGGCGGCAUCACGCGGCGUACCGCGCGUUUCGCGAGGCGGUCCCCGCGCGAUGGCGCGACGGCCUCGACGGGUCGGCCGUCGCGCCCGCGCUGUCUCGGCCGUUCGCGGCGACGCUCGCGUGCGCGCACGAGGUCUCGAAGGAUGUCGAGCGCGCGAUCGCGACGAGCGCGGAAGAUGGAACGUCAACCGACGCGGCGGCGGACGGCGCCGCGCUCGCCGAGACGCUCGCGAACGUCGUCGACGCGCUCGCGCACCUCGAGUUCGCGCGGUCGCCGAACCCCGCGUACGCGGACGUCCUGCGCGUCGUCGCGUCGUCGCUCGGGGGGGACGAUGCGCUGGGCGUGGGAUGUGAAGCGUCGCGGCGGUUCAUGUCCACGCGGAUGUGGCCGGACGCGCGCGCCGAGCUCGACGCGCGGCGCGGCGCGGGCGGCGGCGGCGUCGCGUGGCGCGACGACCCGGUGCUGUCCACGCGCACGCACUUGCUCCUUCGACUCGUGCCGUACGCGCGACUCCCCGGGGGCGUCGGCGGCGGCGGCGGCGCGAUAAAUAAUGGAAAUAACGGAAAUAACGGAAACGGUCAACGCGAGGGCGUUACCGGGGGCGAGUUACCGAUCGCGGUCGCGGCGUGCAUGACGCGGUGCCUGAGGCAUCCGCGCGCGACGGUGACGCGAUCUUCCCACGUCGCGUUCGCGUCCGCGUUCAAGCGCUCGCCGCGCGCCGCGGAGGCGCACUUCCCGACGUACCUGACGACGGCGUUGGAGGCGAUGCCGUACGAGGGCGCCACGUCGACUGCCAUGUCGGACGCCACGUCACCGCGCGCCCCCGCGGCGACGCCGACGACGCACUUCAUCGCCGCCGUCGGCGCGGCGACGCGCGGGUGUCUCCCCGGGUCGUCCCUCCCGACGUUCGCCGCGCGUCGAUGCGCGGCGCGCGCGGCGGAGCUCGACGCUGCCACGUCGGACGCCACGUCAGACGCGGCGGCGACGCUGCGACGGCUCGUGUUUAACCUUCUGUCCAUCGUGGACCACGAGCACGUCGAGCCGUUGCGCGCGGAGGCGGAGCGCGCGCUGCUGAGGCGCGUUCCAUCUCGCACUGGUCCCCGUACGACCGCGUCGGCGUGGUGCACGUCGAUCCUUAAGGACUUUUCCCGGCGAUUCUCUCCGCCCGCCCCUCGCUUUCAAUCCCAACACACCUCGACGCCUUUCAACUCCGCUUCUGACGCCUUUGAACGCCACCCCGACGUCGCUUCGUACGGAACGACCCUCAGCGCCGGCGGAGGCGAUCGCGCGGCGCGGCUGAGGGCGUACGACGACUUAGUCGCGGGGAUAGGGACGUGCGGGGACUACGCGAGGAAGAACGCGUCCGUGGCGUGGGCGCUUCGGCUGCGAAGCCGCCUCUAG